ACACUGAAACAGAUUCACACGCAUCAAUUGCAAAAGGUAACAGAUGGUCCACGUCUUCUGCUUUCAGCCAGCCCUUCACCAAAGCUGAAUUUUUCUGCUCCACAUUGAUGAUGGACAGCACAAAUAUUACAUUCCCAACCGAAGAGCCAUGGAAUGACUCUUAUUAUGACCCGCUGAAUGACACCGAAAUCAUUGUGGAUGUUCCAUCUCCACUGGGACCAAAUCAGCAGGCCACCUUGGCAUGUUACAGUCUCAUCCUCCUGCUCGGCGUCCCCGGAAACGCCAUAGUGCUGUGGGUGACCGGGUUCCGCAUGCCGCCCACCGUCAACACGCAAUGGUUCCUGCAACUGGCGCUGGCCGACCUGCUGUGUUGCCUGUCGCUGCCCCUGCUGAUGGUGCCCCUGGCCCAAGACCAGCACUGGCCCUUCGGCCCACUGGCCUGCAAGCUGCUGCUGAGCUCCCUCUACGUCACCAUGUACUGCAGCGUGCUGCUGCUGGUGCUCAUCAGCCUGGACCGCUGGCUGCUGGUCAGUCGGCCCGUGUGGUGCCAGAACUGGCGGCGGCCGCGAUCGGUGCGGGUCCUGUGUAUUGGGGUGUGGCUCCUAGCGCUGCUCUGCAGCACACCCCACUUUGUAUACAUAAAAGAGCACAAGUACGGUGAGGAUAAGGCUGUCUGCAGCGCGUUCUACACAGCGCAGGCGGCCCGGAUCGUCACGGUGCUGCGCUUCCUACUGAGUUUCCUGCUGCCGUUCUUUGUCAUCGUGUUGUGCCACUGGGUGGUGUACAGAAGGGCGGCGCGGGGGCCGAACAAAUCCAAAGGUAGUUCCGCCCGGUCGAACCGCACACGGAAGGUCAUCAUCGCUGUGGUGCUCGGCUUCGCCUUGUGCUGGCUGCCCUUCCACCUGGUGGACCUCCUGAUGCUGGGGGUGGAACAACACUCUCCUGAGAUGCCCCACUGGCAGCUCGCAGGGGUUCUGACCCACUGCCUCGCUUACUUCAACAGCUGCCUGAACCCACUGUUGUACGUCUGCUUGGGCCGUGGCUUCAAGGACAGCGUGAGGCGCUCCUUGCGCGGUGUCCUCAGCUUCCUGUCCGAGGAACCCAGCCGCCAGCAGACCCAGAGACAAUCCCUCAGCUACAUUCAGACCAAGAGCACCUCUGACAGUACUCAGGAGAAAGCCCUGUGAGUGGGAAGGUUGCAAGGGAGCAGGGCACAGCCUUCCACUGUAUUACUUCAAUAGCCUGGGCAUAGCUGUUAUACUAAUUUAACAACUGUCUUUGUAUUUAAAGUGUGUGUAUUCUCUGCUUCUAAACAAUGCUGACUAAUUACAAUUAAGAGUAUUUUAAAAAAUAACU